CCAAACGUUUUUCUCAAGAACCAGGAAAUGAAACUUGAGUGGAAGGAAACCCUCACAUACGGUAUAACCCUGCAUUCGUCUGUUAGUAUAGCGGCUCAUUUUUCAGAGGUGUAUUCAGCUGCAGUUUGAUUACUAUGGCUUUGAAGGGGUACACCAAGCAGAAAAACAAAACAAAUUCACCAUACUACUUAGAGAACAUUCUUGAGACCAAUGAGCAUCCAGAGGAUCACAGAGAAUAUGUGAUGUUCCACGGCACCACAAAAGAGGCUACAGAGUUGAUAAAGAAGAAUGGCUUCACACCAUCAAGAGAAGAACUUGGGCUUGGUGUGUAUGUCAGUCGAGACAUCGGGAAAGCAAUUGAAUACCCCCUUGGUGUUUCCAACAAUAAGAGAAGAGUACUAAAAGUCAGAGUGGAUGUUGGGAAGGUUAAGAUCAUAGACCAGCAGGAUCACCCCAUGCAGAAGACCUGGCAUACGGAGCAUGGAUAUGACACCGCCUGGGUUCCCCCAGGGGUCAGUAUGGUGCUGAGCAACCAACAGGGGAACUGUGUCUACGACCCAAAGAGAAUCAAAGUCAUGCAGGUCAUGAAAGUGAAAGAAAACAACAUAUCUAGAAACCGUCAUCUUCAGAGUGGAGUCACCCCUGAGGACAGCCACGUCUACGUGAUGUAUCAUGGGACAUCAAAACAGGCUGCAGUAGAAAUACAGAGACAUGGCUUCACACCAUCUAAAGAUGGCAUGCUUGGUGCAGGUGUCUAUGUCAGUCGAGACAUCAGAAAAGCCAUUAAAUACCCCAUUGGUGCCGAUGACUCAGACAGGAUGGUUCUGAAAGUAAAGGUAGAUGUUGGCAAGGUUAAGAUCAUUGAUGUGCAGGGUCACGACAGGCAAUACGACUGGCACACACAUGGGUAUGACACUGCCUGGGUUCCACCUGGUGUUGACAUGGUGCCGAGCAACCAACAGGAGAACUGUGUCUACGACCCAAAGAGAAUCAAAGUCAUGGCAUUGCUGAAAGUGGCCAUCUUGAAAAAGUUAAACCCGUCACUGGAGGUUGAGUCUUGAAGGUGUAUUCAAGGAGCAUUACACUUCAUGUUCAUCGAGAUAAGAGGAUGUAGCAUGCUGCUAUAGCUACACAUUCAAUAUUGCAUAGGAAGAAGCUAUAUUUUGCCAAAGGCUUACUGAUUAUUGCCAAUAUUCCUACUGUAUAUGCAAUUAAUAUAACCUUAUCACAUUUUUAAAAACGAUUCAAUGAUAUUCACUUGACGUAAACAAGGCGUGUAUCAAUGAUCAUAAUUGUCUUCCUAUAAUAAAUCUCAAAUAUACCUCUAAAAGUCA